AUGGAGGAAGACGACGACAGUGAAGACUUUCACAGUCAUGAGCACCAUCACCAUCACCACCAUAGCCAUCACGGUCCACCUGGUAGAACGCGAUCGGGCAUGUCGGAACAAGAGCAGCGAUCGCGACGAGAAAGCAUCAAGGGGAUCAUGGCGGACCACUCUCUGAGUGCCGUGGAGAAGAGACGGUCGAUUCAAUCCUUGAUGGAUGGCCGACGACGGUCCAGUACUACCGGAUGUUCCGUGUCGAGUGCAUCGGCUGCUGGUAGCGACAAUCCGAGUGGAGACUACGUGUCGUCCAUGGCAGCCGCCGCUGCAGCAGCCGCCGAGUACUACGACUCGUCAGACGAUGAUAUGCUCCUGUCGGAUGCGGAAGACGACGAAGACGACAAAAAACGCCAACAUCAACAUCACCACCAUCAUCACAAUCACCAACACGGCAAUCUUCAAACCAACAAUAACAAUAGCAACCACAACAACACAAACAACAACAACAACAACGACAGUAUAAAUCCCUGUGAGCACGUCUUUGUGGGACGACGAGCCAGUACAUCAACGGCCGGCGAUUCGUCCGUCUCUCAAAUAUCACUGGGGUAUGGAGGUCCCAAUCGCAGAGGAUCCGCCACAUCGUCAUCAGGACACAACAGCAACAACAACAAUAGCAGUAGUUAUGCCGGAAGCAGCAGUCUCAAUGACGACAGCAACAGCACAGCCAUUCGAAAUCGAGAACUGAUACAGGGACUCGACGAUCCGGAAACGGAUGAUGUCAAAAAACGAUUUCGACGAUAUGGGCGAGCACGGUCUCUACAAGAUUUUGGAGAUGGUGCCUUUGCUGCGGCGGCAGCAGCCGCGGCGUCUUUUGUCAAAAAUGAUCCCCGAGCCACCAACAAACGCAUGGAAAAAUCAAGACCCAAAUGUGAACAUUACGAACGACAAUGCACCAUUGUCACGGCAUUCUCCGUCGAGCAGGCGGGAAAGAAAACCAAACAGGAUCGCCGGAGGUCCAUGCCCAUUGAUCUAGAAGAAGAAGAAACACAUCACGAAAUUGAUCGAUUUGCCAUUCGGGAACUCAUUUGUCGCAAAUGUUUCACUCGACAGUCCAGCAAAACAAAUAAUUGCAACAAUUGUGGGAUCCAAUUUGGAGAGUAUCAUUGCGAUAUAUGCAACCUUUGGAUGUCUGCAAAAGAAAGUCCGUAUCAUUGUCACGAAUGUGGCUUCUGUCGGGUUGGAGGCAGAGAAAACUUUAGACAUUGUGAUGACUGUGGCAUGUGCAUUGAUGCACUCCUAUUUGAUGAUCAUAACUGCAAAGUGGGAAAAUACAUGUCCAAUUGCCCCGUCUGUCAAGAGGACUUGUUCUCAUCGCGGUAUGCCAGUCAUGAAAUGCCUUGUGGACACGCUAUUCAUUGGCAUUGCUUUAAAGAAUUGACAUCCUACGACACGCGAUGCCCCGUCUGCAAAAAGACUGCAGAAACUGCCGAUCAAAUGGCUGCCACGUGGUCCGCCAUGGCCAUGGGAAUCGCAUUGCAACCAGUGCCAGCAGACUUGGCAAGGGUGGUGACGAUCCUGUGCUAUGACUGCGAACAAAGAGAUGACAAUCGACGAUGGCACUUCUUGGGAGUACGGUGUUCGAAUUGCUUGAGCUUCAACACAACGGUAGAACGAACUACCAUAAUGGGGAGGGAUGCUGCAGCAUUUCUGGAUGAAUUGGAUCGACAACGUGAUCGACGAUCUUCAGGCGGUGGUGGUGCAAGAAGUUCGGCAGCAGACGCAGCGGCGCAAGGUGAUUACGAUGCCGUGAUGCAGCAAAGAGAAGUAGAGUUGCAAAUGCAAGGAAUGAACAUGAUGGAUGAUGGCAGCACUCCCGGCCACAAUCUCGGUAACAACGUGCUGGACGAGGACGAGGAUGAUGGAGCCGAUCUAAUGCACGAUUGA